UUAGGAAUUCCACACAAAUUAUAUCAAGCAGACAUGAAAGAUUUACAAACUACAUUGCAAUACAUAAUUCCGACCUGUCAAUCAAACCGACCGUACUAGCCAAUCAAAACAUUCUAUCUCUUUACCGCGAAGAGCUCAUUACUUGGCCGCCAUAUUGUCCCACAAGCGCACGUCCCACAAAAUCCGUUCAAAACAUGGUUCUUCGUUGUGCAUGGGGCACAUGCACUGCAGAUGAGAGAUAUCCUGAUCGUAUGAAUGGAGCUCGUUUUAUUUUAUUUCCGAAGCCAAAGACGAACCUUGACAAGUGUCUACGGUGGAUUAAAGCCUGCGGUCGACCCCACGACCAGCUCAAUGUAGACCGCAUAAACAAACACAAAGCCGUGUGUUCAAAGCACUUUGAGGGAGGAGAUGGUCCAACUAGUAGUUAUCCAGACCCUUUACCUGCUGAUGGCUCUAAGUGCACACCUACCAUACAACUUCCCGUAAAAAAAAGAACACUUUCAAUUGGAACAGAUUUGUCAGUCACACAUGUUAAGAAAGGAAAGAACUUGCCAUUUGAUGAGAACACAGAUUUGUUAAAUUGCCAGGACAAGUCCAACAAAGAAAACUUACAGUUUACAGAAACAGCUGAAUCUUCAACACAGACUGAUGAAAAUUGGGUUUCACCUCUAGACAUCCUUUCCAUGGCAUCAGAGAUUCACCAUUUGAAAGCAAAGAACAAGGAACAAGCAAGGACCAUCGAAAAAUUAGAGGAACAAUUCAAAGAGAAGACUACAGUAAAACCUAGUUUUGGUGUCACACAGAUUUUAGGAAGGGAAGGGAAAUUGAAGAACCUCCACAAGUAUUACACAGGUAUAACAUGCAUAAGGUUUGCUGCAUUGUUGAGUUUCCUUGUGCCUCCAGGGAGCAGUAUUUCUUAUGAGAAAGGACGUAGACACCUCAAGGAACUUUCAAACGCUGAUGGUUUAUUUUUAACAUUAUGUCGUUUACGGCACAAUUUUGGAUUGAAAGAUCUUGCUGUGAGAUUUGGUCUUACUUUGCAGGCUACUGGUGUUGUGUUUAACACCUGGAUUGAACAUAUGUAUUUUAAAUUAGGACAGUUACCAAUAUGGCCUCAUCGUGAUACUAUUAUUGGCAACAUGCCCAGUGAAUUUCGGAGAUACUUCCCUACAUCAUUGAUUAUAAUAGAUGGAACAGAACUGAGAACUCAAACACCAUGUGGUCUAGGACUUCAAAGCCAGCUUUAUAGUGAUUAUAAGUCAAGCACAACAUUGAAAGGACUGGUAGGUUGUGAUCCUAAUGGAACAAUUAUGUUUAUAUCUGAGUUACAUUCUGGGGCUAUUUCAGAUAAAUCAAUCACCGAGGAGAGUGGAUUCUAUGAAACCCUAAACGCUAUGAAGGAUAAUGGAUUUGUUUGUGAUGGUGAUGCCAUUAUGGCUGAUAAAGGUUUCAAAAUUAUUGACAACCUGCAUAACUUGGGUUUAAGGCUUAACAUUCCACCGUUUGCAAAAUCUGGGGCACAAAUGAGCUGUGCACAAGUCAUUGAAACACAAAAAAUUGCCAAGCACAGAGUUCAUAUUGAGAGACUCAUUGCAAAGAUAAAAACAUACAAGAUUGUGUCGCAUCGGGUACCAACAGCGUUAUUUUGAAAAAUGAACCAAAUUUGGUCGGUUUGUUGUCAUCUUACACUUUUUCAAGAUGUUUUUGUAAACGAUAAAAUUCAGUAGUGACAAUGUACAGUGAUUUACAUAUACAAUUCAAAACUAAAUGUAAUAACCUGGUAAGAGAGAAUUGAUCCCAAGGCAACACGUCCAUAAAUUGUGUCAAUCUUUGGUGCUGCAUUAUACAUCAAAUGCUUUAAAGGGGUGCCUUCUAGACAUGACAGCGUGACCUUGUCAACUGCACUCACUACUGGUAAACUGUAAUUUGCAAGUUAAAGUGCAUUUUAUAUACAUGUAUGAUACCGUUUUUAAAGUAAACUAUGGAAGAAUUUAAGUUUUGUUAUUAUAUGCAAGA